GGAGUGAACUCAGCGGGUCGGGCAGCAUCUGUAGAGGGGAAUGGGCAGUUGAUGGAUUGGGUGGAGACCCUUCAUAUAGUCUGAUAGGUAGAGGGGAAAGAACGGGGGGGGGAGGGUGAAGGGAAGAAAGAUCCGUUUAUCUUCCCUCUAGCUGUCCCCCUACUUGACCCGCCGAGUUCUUUCAACAUCGUGUGCGUUGUUGCUCUGCUCCCUGGUACCCGCGGCUGCACCUCUGACCCACCGAGAUCAGAUAUUGCGGGGUUUGCGGAUGGCCGAGGGGUGGAGCGGGGGUGGGAACGGGCGCCCCCUUUAAAUAGCCGGGCGUCGCGACGCAGAGAUUGUCCGCCCGGUGCUCCCGCCAGCCGCGGGGAAUUCGCUGAUGCGCCAGCCUCUGGAAGCCGACAUGCCUGUCUAUUUAUAGUGAACCCCCGCCGACCUCCAGAACAGGACGGCGGCUGCCGCAAUGUCAGCGGGCGCUGCCUGACUCCCGGGCCGGAGGGGAAGGGGAGCGGCCGGCUGGCCGGCCAGUCAUGGAGCCCCGGGGGCCGUUCCUGAACCCCGCGGCCGUGCUCUCGCCCCUGGGGCUGGUGCGCGUCCUGCAGAGCGUGGCUUGCUGCAUCGCCCUCAGCCUGGUGGCUCACGACGGGGGCUCAGAGGGAGCCCCCGGCCACUUCUGCAUGUUCUCUUGGGGCUUCAGCCUGGCUCUCAGCGCCCUGAUCGUCUGCUUCGAAUUCACCCGCCUACACAGCUGCCUGAGCCUAUCGUGGGACAACUUCACCAUCUCCAUCGCCCUGUUGGCAGCCUUGAUGAACCUGACGGCCACCGUGGUCUACCCGGUCUAUUACGUGGAUCUGAACUGCCAGGACUGCCGCUCCAGGGACUUCAGGAUCUCGGCCACCGUCUGCUCGGCCGUCGCCUGCAUCGUCUACGGCUUGGAGGUACAUUUCACCCGGGCCAGACCGGGACACUUGGCCGGUUACAUGGCCACCACGCCCGGGCUGCUGAAGGUGGUCCAAGCGUACGUGGCCUGCAUCAUCUUCGGCGCCUUGCUCAACGACAGCGAGUACGGUCGCUACGCGGCCACCCAGUGGUGUGUGGCGGUUUACUCGGUCUGCUUCAUCUUCACCGUGCUGGUCAUCGGGCUGAACGUGUCGGGGAGGGCGGCCCUCGUCCACUGCCCCCUGGGCAGAAUGGUGGUGCUGCACACUUUCUUCUCCGCCCUGCUGUACCUGAGCGCCGCUAUCGUCUGGCCCAUCUUCUGCUUCGACAGCAAGUACGGCUCGCCGGAGCGGCCGGCCAGCUGCAGCCGCGGCCACUGCCCCUGGGACAGCCAGCUGGUCAUCGCCAUCUUCACCUACGUCAACCUCAUCCUGUACGUGGCCGACCUGGUGUACUCGCAGAAGAUCCUGUACGUGACCCAGUCCUGAGCAAUCGCCCGCCCCACCUUCGGCCACCUGGAGACCCCGAGAGCCUGCAGGCCCUACGGUCCGGAGAUGCUGGAGAAAAUCAGCAGGUCGGGCAGCAUCUGCCGGGGGCAAAUGGGACAGUUGACGACUGGGUCCUAGGGUCUUCAUCAGAACUGUAAGAUAGAAUCAGAUUUAAUAUCACUGUCAUAUGUCGUGAAAUUUGUUGUUUUGCAGCAAACUUAGUGGGUCAAUUGGCCAUUGUAAAUUGUCCUGUGAUUCGGCUGAUGUUAAUUAGGUGUGUUGCCGGGUGGCGAGCCAUGUAGGGCGGGGGGGGGGCUGUUCUGUGGGGUAUCUCUAAAUCAAUAAACAACAUUUUAAUAAGUUGUGCAAAAAUAGUGAAGUACUAUUCCAAGAACGUAAGAAAUAGAAGCAGGAGUAAGCCAUCUGGCCCAUCAAGCCUGCCCCGCCAUUCAUGGCUGAUCUGGCUAUGGACUCCUCUCCACCUACCUGCCUUUUCCCCAUAACCCUUAAUUCCCCUACUAUACAAAAAACUAUCCAACCUCGUCUCAAGUAUAUUUUCUGAGGUAGCCUCCAUUGGGCAGAGUCCAUGGUUCAUUGUCUGUUGGGAAAUCUGAUGGUGGAGGGGCAGAAACUAUGGGGGGUGGGGGGAAAGAUAGCCAGUAUAGCUCCUGCUCCAUCCCUUCCCUUCACCUUUUUAUACCAGCAAUCUACAUUCUAUCUUUCAGUCCGGACCAAGGGCCUUGACCUCCGGAACAUUGACUCUCCAUUUCCCUCUGCAGAUGCUGCCUGGCCCCCUGAGUUCCUGCCCGCCACCCGACUCCAGGACCUGCAGUCUCUUGCGUUUCCGGUCUGCUGGAGGAACUCAGUGGGUCAGGCAGCGUGCGUGGGAGGAGUUCCUCUCCCCGCCGUUGUCGCUGGACUGGCAGAUUGCUUGGCUGCAUCCUCGUGACGGUGGCAACCCCUCCGGGCCCAAGCGUAGGCCGCCACUGCCUGAUUCUCUGCUCUUCAAGCAACGCACAUAAGAAUUGCUGGUGAACGCAGCAGGCCAGGCAGCAUCUAUAGGAAGAGGUACAGUCGACGUUUCAGGCCGAGACCCUCUUCAACAUCGGAUGCAAACGGGUCUCUUUUGAGAUUCCGAGUACUCUAUUGCCACUUACACCAGUGCAAUUAAGUUCCUUGCUGGCAUGAAACUGACAGAGUGAAACAGCAUACAGCAAUCUGCCCGAGGAAGUGGCGGAUGCAGGUUUGAUAGUUUGGAUAAGCACAUGGAUGGGAGGGUUAUGGAGGGCUAUGGUCCAGGCGCAGGUUGAAGGGACUGGGCCAAUAGUAGUUUAGCAUAGACUGGAUGGGCUGAAGGGCCUGUUUCUCUGCUGUAGUUCUCUAUGACUCUAAUAGUAAUCAAUAACAUCAUAAACUACAUCAUGGUUUAAACACAAAAUGCUGGAGGAACUCAGCAGGUCAGGCAGCAUCUAUGGAGAGGAGUAGAGAUGAUAUUUCUGGCUGGGUGAAGAGUCUCAGCCCGAAACGUUGACUCUUCAUUUCUUUCUAUAGAUGCUGCCUGACCGGCUGAGUUCCUCCAGUAUUGUGUGUGUUACUCUGGAUUUCCAGCAUCUGCAGAACCUCUUGUGUUUGAAAUGGUGCAAAAUGGUUAGACAAAGGUUUUUUUUUCCCCUGUCAAUGUGUGUGUCAGGGGUAAGGGGAAGUGAGACAAGCAAAUUGUUGAUUACAAAUGUAGAAGCAUCUGACCGCCUUUCUGAAGGAACUCUGGCAUCAAAGCAGUUUGCCGCAGAGACACAAGAGAAUGAAGGUGCUGGAACCUGGAGCAACAGUUUGCUGGUCGAGCAGUGUCUGUGGAGGAGGAAGGAUUUGGCCACGUUUACGAGUUGAGAGCCUGCAUCAGGUUCCUCCAGCAGAGUGUUUGUCGCUUGACGGUGGGAAUCUGAAAUCUAAGUAGAAACUGCUGGGUCGCUCGGCAGCUCUGGUGUUAAUGUUUUGGAACUGCUGGCAUCUGGCUGGUUUGAAACUAUAAUUAGUCCAGUUUGUGUCUGGCUAAGCCAUUCACAGUGAUGGCCCCACCAAAUAUGUGGGUAUGUGGGUGGAACAUAAGGUUGAGCACCACCCACUGGACGUCAAAAAUGUUGAUUCAACUCAGGGGCUGCAACGUGGGAUGGGUUGGCUGGUACAGGUAUGAUGGGCUGAAUGGCUUCCUUCCAUGUCCGAGAUUUUCCAUGAUUCCAGCAUUGUCUGACUAUAUUAUAUUGUUGCUGUUUUGUGCCUUGGACAGGAUAUUGAUAUUCUGUUAGCUUGAACCUAAGCGUAUUAACAAGAACCAGAAAUGAGAAGUGAGGUGGGUGUUUAAGGAAAGCAGGGAACAAGUUUUAAUAAUAAUUAAAAUAGCACUAAUAUGUGUGUCCGUGUUAGAAUAAUAUGCUGGGGCUGCUUACACAAGUUAAACAGUAAUGUUCAUACUGUAGCACCAUUAAUGCUCCACUGUAUUUUAGGUUGAAGCGUCAGAUGAGAGCAUAAGGCAUAGGAGCAGAAUUAGGCUAUUCAACCCAUCGAGGCUGCUCUGCUAUUCCAUCAAGAGUGGUUUAUUACCCCUCCCACUCCCCAUUCUUAUGCCCCCCCCAUAACCUUUGAUGGUAACCAGAUGAGGAAUAGAAAAAGAGAGAAGGAGGGAAGGUGGUUCAACAUUCGUCUGCUGUGGCUUCACAUGAGUGAAGAUGGGGAUGUUUAGGGUGGGUCUGAAGUCAUACAUUGGCCAGAUUCUGUUAUCAGCUGCUCAUAAAUCUCAAACAAAGCUUCAAAAAAAAAUCAAAUGUCACCAAAAAUAAAACUGACAGGAAUGCUCCAAAAUAUAAGGCAAAACUUCAGAAAACAAGUCCUAAUUUUGAACACGAGAUCCUACAGAUGCUGGAAAUACAGAGUAGGACCCACAAAAUGCUGGAGGAACUCAGCAGGUCAGGCAGCAUCUGUGGAAAUGAAUAAACAGUGUUUCAGACCAAGACCCUUCGUCAGGCCUGAUGACGUUCAGCCCGAAAUGUUGACUUUUUACUCCUUUCCAGAGAUGCUGCCUGACCUUCCAAGUUCCUCCAGCGUUUUGUGUGUGUUUCUCCUCGUUUUAGAUUUAGGCAUUGCAAAUGAAGAACUGAAAACACCUAAACAUGCAUUUAUUUUUUAUAUAUAAAAGUGGCAAAUACUUAAGCAAGGUUAUUGACCCGAAGCCUGAACUGAUUCUCUUUCUUGUAAUGCAACCUCACCUGUUCACCUGUCCAGGAUUUUUGUGUUAAUUGUUAUGACCUUGGUGUGUAUUAUUACAAAGAAUUUUCUGAAUGUAAUUAAUUGAUUGACUCCCAAGGUCCGUGCCUGCGUUCACACUCUACAAGCCUCCUCCCACCCUCUUUAACUCGCACUUUCAGCAUUUCUUUCACUCCCCUUCUCUGCCAUGUGUUUAUCCUGUUUCCUGUCACAUGACCGCUUUGGCCUGAACUACUUCCUGUGGUAAGGAACUCCACACUCUGGCUAAGGCAGUUUCUCCUGUUUUUCCAAUUAUUUUGAUUAGUUAUUAUCUUAUAAUUAUGAAUCCUAGUUUAGGUCUCACCCAUAAGUGGAAUCAUAUUUGUCUCCAAUUAUCUGCAAUCAGUGGUCACUUUAUUAGGUGUUUCCUGUACUUCACGGUUUGGUGUGCUAUGUGUUCAGAGAUGCUUUUCUGCUCACCACAGCUGCUGUAGCCCGUCCACUUCAUGGUUCAAUGUGUUGUGCAUUCAGAGAUGCUCUUAUGCACAUGGCUGGUGUAACGUGUGGUUAUUUGAGUUACUGUCGACUUCCUGUCAGCUUAAACCAGUCUGGCCAUUCUCCUCUGACCUCUCUCCGUUGACAAAGUGCUUUCGCCAGCAGAGCUGCCGAUCACUGGAUGCUUUUUUUUGUUUUCCCACACCAUUCUUUGUAAACUCUAGAGACUGCUGUGUGUGAAAAUCGCAGGAGAUCAGCAGUUUCUGAGAUACUCAAACCACCCUGUCUGGCACCAACAAUUAUUUCACAGUCGUAGUCACUUAGAUCACAUUUCUUCCCCAUUCUGAUGUUUGGUCUGAACGACAACUGAACCUCUUGACCGUGACUGCAUGCUUUUAUGCAUUGAGUUGCUGCCACAUGAUUGGCUGAUUAGAUAUUUGCAUUAAAGAGCAGGUGUACCUAGCAAAGUGGCCACUAAGUGUAUGCUAUAAAUAAUCAUGAAGACCUGUAUGAGUCUCCUUCUGUCCAGUUAAAAGAAUUUGCUUGUUUAUCUUCCCUGACAGCUUAUCAUCUCUCACUCUGUUAAGACUUUGUUGUCCCUUCUCCGAUAGAUCUAUAACUUUUUACUAAUAUAGAGACCAGUAUUGUACGAAGUAUUCAUGGUGUAACUUAACACAACUCCUCUGGAAGUAGACCUCAAGGCCUUGUAAUGGCCCAUUUCGCCCUUGUCAUUAUAUUUCAUUCUGUGAACACAUUGAAAUAAUCACGGUGUUACUGUGUAGAAAUGUAUUUUGUAGCUCUGAAUUAAUUUGGCCCUUUGGACCAAGCUGUCUCUUUUUAAUCCUACUCCCGAAUCUAGCAGAGCAGGCAUGAAAUUAAAUUUGCCAGGUUUUAUCAAAGGGCGUGCACCCAAUUCCUUGAUGUUAUGGGGUGAACAUGAGUGCGUGCAUUCACUAGGUCCCAUAAAAACUUUAUUGAGGUGUCUAUGCCCCUGCCCAGAACACACUACAAAUACAUAGAGUGUUCCAUUAAAUAUUCCAAACUGUUGAUUCAAAAUGUUGGCGUCUUUCUAACUUGCAUUUUAUAUGUAAAGAGUCAGAAAAGUGUUAAUGCUCUAUAGGACCAGAGUUUGGCCAUUCGGCCCCUCAAGUCUGCUCUGGAUUCCAUCAUGGCCCUCUCAACCCCAUUCUCCUACCUUCUCCUUGUAACCUCUGACACCCCUACUAAUCAAGAACCUAUCAACCUCCGCUUUAAAUAUAUCCGGUGACUUGGCCUCCACACCUGUCAUUGGCAAUAAAUUCCACAGAUUCACCUUCCACUGGCUAAAGAAAUUUUUUCCUAUUUCUGAACUGAAGGGACAUCCUUGUAUUCUGAGCCUGUACCACACCACCACUAUAGGAAACAUCCUCUCCACAUCCAGUCUGUCUGGGCCUUUUUAUAUUUAAUAAGUUUCAAUGAGAUCUCCCCCUCAUUCUUCUAAUCUCCAGCAAGUACAGGCCGAGAGCCAUCAAAUGCUCUUCAUAUGUUAACCCUUUCAUUCCUGGGAUUAUUCUUAUGAACCUCCUCUGGACCCUCACCAAUGCCAACACAGCCUUUCUUAGAUAAGGGGCCCUACUCCGCUCACACAAGUGUGGCCUGACCAAUACUUUAUAAAGCCUCAGCAUUACAUCCUUGCUUCUAUAUUCUGGUCCUCUUGAAAUUAAUCCUAAUCAGAAACAGAAUCAGGUUUAAUAUCACUGGCAAAGAGUAUGCCUGGAAAUUUGUUGUCUGUACAAAUUCCUACAAGCAGGAUUUUAUUUUCCCACGUAGGACGCCUCUGUAGCGUGGAGGUUAGCGCAAUACUAUUACAGCUCUUUGCGUCGGAGUUUGGAGUUCAAUUCCAUGUCCUCUGCAACGAGUUUGUACGUGUCCUUCUCGUGGAAUGCAUGGGUUUUUCCUGGGCACUCCGGUUUCUUCCCAAAGUUCAAAGAUGUACCGGAUAGGUUAAUUGGUCAUUGUGCAUUGUCCCGUGAUUAGGUUAGGGUUAAAUCAGGUUUGUCAGGGAUUUCUGGGGCAGCAUGGCUCAAAGGGCAGAAUGGCCCACUCUGCACUGUAUCUCUAAAUAAAUAAAAGCUGUUUACACCCAAUCCACCAGCAGUAACUAGUCAUACCUAAAAGUACUUGAUAUUUCCCAAGCGUGUUUACCUGAUAAGAUAAAAUGUCUCCCAGAGUGUGUAUCUCAGGAUGGAAGUGGAAUGUCUCACUGGUACAGAUUUUAUUUGGGUAAGGUAGAACGUGUGCUGUACGUGCUUUCUGCUGCUUGCAUUAGGCUUGGCUUUCAGCCAGAGCUCGCGAUGAAAAGAUUUCCUUUGUUAUGUUUUAGCUGAAUCAGCGUGUUAAUGAUGCUGAAGCCAAACAGGGUGUCCAACCAGGCCUGUUAAACAGAAUUUGCUCAAUGCAGCAUGUACAGUGUGACUGGAGACCUCAAUACUUUCAAAUAUCUAACAUCUGUUGUUAUGGUCAUUUUCUGGGUAAAAUCAGGCUUCUCAAUCUGAACGCAUGGAUGCAAUUUAAGCGUUUACUUGCACAGAUUUACUACUUUGAUAUGUUAAUCAGGAUGAAUAUUAAUUGACAUGUAGCAGAGCAUGCAACGUUACAAUGCAGUUAACUCAAUUAGCAAUAUCAAGUGUAAAUUAUUUAAUGCUAUUUUGAAAAAAAACUAUGCAGUAAAAACUGCAAUUAAGACUGUAAUCCAUCCUGGAAUAAUAGCAACUGUUAUAAUUAAUUUGUUUACUGUGUGAUGAAAAUAAAACUUAUUUAUUA